GGACAAUCAGACAUUUUGGAGACAGACUGUCGGAUUAAUUGUCAAGUAAGUAGUAUGCUAUCUGUCAUGUCAAUGGUGAGUUGACUAAUAUACCAUCUGUCAUCGCUAUGGUCAGGUGAGAAGUGUAUUAUAUGUCAUGUCCAUGGUCAUAUAAGAAGUAUGUUGUUAGAUUUUUUAUUUUUUCUCUAAUUAAGUAUCCACAUGUUAUCAUAUGGUGUGUAAUCACACAACUCAAUGCCAGCUCUGUAUGUCUCGUUGUUGUCAUCAGAGUUGUUUAUAUUUGUAUUCCAUUAAGAAUGAGAUUAAACGUAUUAAAAAAGGUUUAUUUUACAAUUGAAAUGUUUGACAAAAGUCAAGUCUCAGAUAGUAAAUAUCUUUAUGGCAUUCCGGAAUUUCUCUCAUAACAAUAUUGCAUAUGUUACUAUGUUAAGUUAUGCAGUACUUGGCUAUUCAUAUAGUUGUCAAUAAGGUAUACAGUGAAUAGUAAUAUCAAAUAAUUGCUAGUAAGUUAUAUAGUGAAUAGUUAUAUCAAACAGUUGUUAGUAAGUUAUAAACUCGUUUUAAGCACAACUCUGUUUUUUGUAUCUGCACAUGUCACGUGGCUUGACAUCAGAGCUUUGAACUUGGUGAGUCUGUGGGGAAAGUUCUUGAUGGCUGUAACAACUGUUGGUGUGGACAAGGUGGCUUUAUGUGUACGCUGAUGGCUUGUCGGUGGUACCAGCCCCUAGAUUGUGAGAUUCGGGGACAGGUAACGGGGAAAAAAUUAACAAUCAGUAUAUAUAUUGAUAUAAAUGUAUAUAUACCUAUCGGUUUCAAUUUUACUUCAUAAUCCUUUUCUGAUAUUUCUCUUGUUACGGAAAAAAUUAUAGUAAACAAUGAUGAAUUUUACGAUUAAACUGACAUAUCUAAAUAACCUACAAUUUUAAAUCACGAAAUAUUUAAGUAAAAAGUAAUGCAUGUGAAAAAAUGCAUAUGUUUGAUAAAAGGUGCGUUAAAAGAGACAUUUCGUUAAUUCAUUUUCACAGCACUACAACAAUAAUGACGUCAUUCCAUCUGAUGAUUGCCAGGAAUGUCGUUGUAUGAAUGGCAACCUGGCAUGUACCAACUGUCCAAAUUAAAAACUGGCUGAAAAUGUGUGUGUAAGAUCAAAGAGAAUAGAUUACAUUUGUACUUUGGUGUGUGUAAGAUCAAAGAGAAUAGAUUACAUUUGUACUUUGGUGUGUGUAAGAUCAAAGAGAAUAGAUUACAUUUGUACUUUGGUGUGUGUAAGAUCAAAGAGAAUAGAUUACAUUUGUACUUUGGUGUGUGUAAGAUCAAAGAGAAUAGAUUACAUUUGUACUUUGGUGUGUGUAAGAUCAAAGAGAAUAGAUUACAUUUGUACUUUGGUGUGUGUAAGAUCAAAGAGAAUAGAUUACAUUUGUACUUUGGUGUGUGUAAGAUCAAAGAGAAUAGAUUACAUUUGUACUUUGGUGUGUGUAAGAUCAAAGAGAAUAGAUUACAUUUGUACUUUGGUGUGUGUAAGAUCAAAGAGAAUAGAUUACAUUUGUACUUUGGUUUUGAAUAUCGUGAACAGUAAAAAAAAAAAAAAAAUUCUUUCUUUCAAACUCAAUUUUAAUUUUUGUUAUUGUACUAUCGUCAUUUGUGAAAACUAACAACUAUAAUGCUGUUGUUAAUUUUUUUUUAAAUCCAAAAUAUUGAGGGUUGAGGAUUUCAUGAGUGCUAUUUUAAAUGAUUUUUACCAUCUUGGUGUAGUUGAUUGCAUUUAUGAAAGAGGUAUUGGAACGUUCUCCUUUUAUGUAAAGCUCUAGGUUUGUAUCAUUUGUAUUCAGUUUCUCAAAAGUAAUUCGGGUCAUGCACAUUUUUAAUGUUGCCGCCAAAUAUAAGAUUUAUGAAACUAGAUUUUUAUGAACACAAUUUCACACACUUGAACUUACAUUUUACAAUGAUGUGACUUUAGAAAUAUAGAAACCAUGGAUCACUAAAUUUUUUCAAAAUAUGUUGUUGUUUUUUUUUUUUAUUUAUCGUAUUUUUAUUUAAUUGGUUGAUAUUUUUAAAAAUGUUGUUUGUUUUUUAGUUGGUUGUUUUUUUGUUUGUUUUUUUUUUAAAAUGAUUGCUACGUCAUCAGUCUUAGAGGGCGUUAGUCCAGUAAAUAAAAGAAAACUAUAGUUAGAUAUAGAAUCAUUCAUUUAUAUUGACCAACUGAAUAUCAUUGUUUUGCUGGCAUUUGGAGUUCAUUAAUUAUUAUUUAUCAAUGUCACAGUUUUUAAUCAGAAAUGAUCAAUUCGGGAAGACGUUGUCUUUUGCUGUACAUUUUCAUGACGUAUCAAGACUGUGCUACCAAGGUCAUCCCUACAAGACUGUGCUACCAAGGUCAUCCCUACAAGACUUUUCUUACCAAGGUCAUCCCUACAAGACUGUGCUACCAAGGUCAUCCCUACAAGACUGUUCUACCAAGGUUAUCCCUACAAGAAUGUGCUACCAAGGUCAUCCCUACAAGACUGUGCUACCAAGGUCAUCCCUACAAGACUGUGCUACCAAGGUCACCCCUACAAGACUGUGCUACCAAAGUCACCCCUACAAGACUGUGCUACCAAGGUCACCCCUACAAGUCUGUGCUACCAAGAUCACACUACAAGACUGUGCUACCAAGGUCAUCCCUACAAGACUGUGCUACCAAGGUCAUCCCUACAAGACUGUGCUACUACGGUCAUCCCUACAAGACUGUGCUACCAAGAUCAUCCCUCUUGACCAUUGCACAAAGUCUCUGAUGUUAGAAAUUUUUUUUUAAAAAUCUUUUUAUUGAUUGCAGUCAGCGGGAUUGUGGGAUAUCAAAUAUGACGCAGAUUUCUUAAGUAGUAUCGUUGCCAUUAGUCUCAUUAAAAUCAAGUUUCAUCAGAAGUAACUAAGGCUUGUAGACAAGGCCAUCAUCAUGGCAUAUUUUUUAUAUACACUCAAUCAUUUAUGAAGUAAAUAUUUUGACUUCAUGUGCAGUGAGCUUCAGGUAGUGAUGUUCCAUGUACAGCCAGCUCAAAGUAGUGCUGUUCUAUGUACAUCCAGCUUCAAAUAGUGCUGUUCCAUGUACAGCCAGCUUUAAAUAGUGCUGUUUCAUGUACAGCCAGAUUCAAGUAGUGCUGUUCCAUGUACAGCCAGCUUCACAUAGUGCUGUUCCAUGUACAGCCAGCUCCAAGUAGUGCUGUUCUAUGUACAUCCAGCUUCAAAUAGUGCUGUUCCAUGUACAGCCAGUUUUAAAUAGUGCUGUUUCAUGUACAGCCAGCUUCAAGUAGUGCUGUUCCAUGUACAGCCAGCUUCAAAUAGUGCUGUUCCAUGUGCAGUCAGCUUCAAGUAGUGCUGUUCCAUGUACAGCCAGCUUCAAAUAGUGCUGUUCCAUGUACAGCCAGCUUCAAGUAGUGCUGUUCCAUGUACAGCCAGCUUCAAGUAGUGAUGCUCCAAAUGUAUAUCCUGCUUCCAGAUUCCAAAAGAGCUGCUCAACCAGCUUCAGUUCUGCAGAACAGAACAAAAUGUUAUCAAAUAAUAAACACUGAAAUAAAAUAAUAAACAUUGAAGUAAAAUUAUUACCACUGAAGUCAUUUACCACACGAUACAGCAAUGGGGAAUAAGAAGGGAAACUGUGGUGUGAUAUUUAAAACAUGGAUUACUCCCCUUUGGCUGGGGUUGUGUUCAUCCUCUCUCUCCCAUUAUCUUACACUGUUAUUAUUUAACGUGUUCGUUUUUGGCAUUUGUUCACAUUCAAUAUGUAUUUGUACACAUUCAAUAUGUAUUUGUACACAUUCAAUAUGUAUUUGUACACAUUCAAUAUGUAUUUGUACAAUCUGUUUAGAUUGAAAUUUAAACAUUCUAAAUUAAACAACUUCGAGAGAUUCAUAUUUUUAUAUGUUGGUUAUUAUAUUUCAGCAAUAUCAAAAUGUUUACGUAAUUUCUUAUGACGUAGUCACAUGUGCUUCGAAAAAAUUCUUGGAAAACUAAAAAUCCUUUCCGUGUGUUAGGCAUAGGAAACAAGGAUAGAUUCACCCCAUACCUGAGCUCCUAUGGGCAACAAGCAAACAUAAGGUCUUAUGGAAACCAGUAUCAGUUUAACCACUACCUGAACUCCUGUGGGCAACAAGCAUUCAUUAGGUCCUAUGGAAACCAGAAUAGUGCCCCUAUGUUAGCGCCUCCUCUGCCAGAAACAGAGAGACUUCCUUCUCGAUACAACAUCUUUAAGGAACUGCAAUAGUUACCGUAACACUUAGCUCAUUGUAAUAAUUUGAAAUGUGUUUCCACUACCCGCUCUUAAUUCUUAUGCGCUUGCAGACUUUACGUAACCACGUCUGCGGAGAUUCAUCGUGGGGCUUCCAAUGUGGUGCUCAAUUGCUGACAUGAUAUGUUAGAUGAACCAUUGGUCAAGUUUACAACUCGUACGUCACUCCGGGAAACAAACAUUGGAGUCUUUUAACAAGUCCAGUUCGUCUCAGUGUAGAUCACUCCGAGAAACGGUUACAAACUUUUACCAAUCAAAGUCGGUUGGUGGGUGGGGGGGGAGGGGGGGGGAGGAGUGAAAGAGUUAACUGGUGACUUAAGAAAUAAAACGAACAUAAAAAAAGUGUGGAAGUUGGUUGCGUAUAAUAGCUGGUCAAUUGGAAGCAAAAAUAGCUUUUAAUAUUUUGAAAGAAAAUGUUAAUUCCUAUUUGUUACAGCACUUGAACUAAAGAGAGAAAAAAAAUAUGUCUCUACUUUUAAGAUUAAGGUUUCAUGUGUGUAACAUAAUUAUGUUAAUCAUCUAGAUCAGGGGCGGGAACCUUUUUGUCUGAGAGAGCCAUGGACACCACAUAUUUUGAAAAGUAAUUCUUGUGAGAGCCACACAUUAUGUUUAAAACUAAAAAUUAAGAUAAAUGAGUGCAUUUUGUGUAAUUUCAACACUAAAAAUGCAAUAAUUAUGUCUCUGAAUUCUUUUUAAUAACAUUGUUUAAAGCUGUUGCUCAUCAAUACUGAGUAUAUCUUACCAUCAAUGCGACUUUUUCUUUUUUUUAUAAUCCAACAUUUGUGUGCGAGCCAGAUGCAGCCAUCAAUAGAGCCACAUCUGGCUCGCGAGCCAUAGGUUCCCGACCCCUGAUCUAGAUAAAAAUAUUCCCUCUCACUUUCUUUCACGCUUUAUAUGAAUGUCCGAAAAGUAUUUACAAUACAUUGUUUGAUAUGAGUAUGUUGUUUAACCUCAUAAAUAUGUGCCCACCCUUUAUCCGCACCGUUGAACUUUAGCUUUUGAAAAUGAAGAAAACCUAGAUGGCCUGAGUUGCAACCAAAAUAGAAUCCUCUAUUUUCCAUUUUCCAACAUUUUUUAGGUAUGGAUAUGUCCUUUUUUUUUAAUGUAAAUGCCAUUGAACUCUAUUUCCUUACAUUGGUUUAACACAAUUUUAAUUAAAACUUGUAUGUAACGAGUGUAAUAUCAUCGGAGGUAAAGAGAGCCAUCCACAUAAAACUUGUAUGUAACGAGUGUAAUAUCAUCGGAGGUAAAGAGAGCCAUCCACAUAAAACUUGUAUGUAACGAGUGUAAUAUCAUCGGAGGUAAAGAGAGCCAUCCACAUAAAACUUGUAUGUAACGAGUGUAAUAUCAUCGGAUGUAAAGAGAGCCAUCCACAUAAAAAUGUAAGCAUCGUCAUCACUCGAAAUAUGUUUAUAGAAGAGGGUUAAAUAUAUUAUUUAAUUAGUUCUCAAACUACCCAUGCACCGAUUGCCGGUGUGUUAGGACUUUAAGCUUUUGAUUAACUGUACUUAUGAAAUACGCCAGGCGAUAAAACGUGGCGUAAUUUCUGCUGUCUUGGGCACCAAGUCAUACUGUUGCGAUUAAUGUGUGCUGUCUUGGGCACUAAGUCAUACUGUGGAGCUUAAUUAGCGCUGUUUUGGGCAACAAGUCAAAGUGCUGAGCUAAAUUUGUGCUUUCUUGGGCACCAAAUCCUACUGUGCCGCUUAAUUUGCGCUGCCUUGGGAACCAAGUCAUACUUUGGAGCUUAAUUUGUGCUGUCUUGGGAACCAAGUCAUACUGUGGCGCUUAAUCUGUGUUGUCGUGGGCACCAAGUCAUACUGUGGAGCUUAAUAUGUGCUGUCUUGGGCACCAAGUCAUACUGUGGCGCUUAAUCUGUGUUGUCGUGGGCACCAAGUCAUACUGUGGAGCUUAAUCUGUGCUGUCUUGGGCACCAAGUCAUACUGUGGCGCUUAAUCUGUGCUGUCUUGGGCACCAAGUCAUACUGUGGAGCUUAAUCUGUGCUGUCGUGGGCACCAAGUCAUACUGUGGCGCUUAAUCUGUGCUGUCGUGGGCACCAAGUCAUACUGUGGAGCUUAAUCUGUGCUGUCGUGGGCACCAAGUCAUACUGUGGCGCUUAAUCUGUGCUGUCGUGGGCACCAAGUCAUACUGUGGAACUUAAUCUGUGCUGUCUUGGGCACCAAGUCAUACUGUGGAGCUUAAUCUGUGCUGUCUUGGGCACCAAGUCAUACUGUGUCAACACACCUAUGUUACUAGCGCACACUUUUUGCACACCAGUAAACCAAGCAACCAUUAGAAUCUCCCAUGUCAGUUUGACCACGCAGUGUGUUACAUUUUAUUUUAUCAUUAUUUCAAUCAAUGCUUACUGAUGCAUAUUUUUUUUGGAGGUACGUUUCAUUCUUUUGAAAAUUCGCCCUUGAAUGUAACAACAGAACAUUAGUAAAUCGUAGUUCACAAUUCUAUUUUAACUUCUUUGUACACCAACAUUCAAGUCUCUAGAUAUGAGCUAGAUAUGAGCUAGAUAUGAGCUAGAUAUGAGCUAGAUAUGAGCUAGGGUAUCCAUGACACGCUCAAGUAACUAAUUAAUUUAUAUCGGUUCGAUCUCCUUCAAAAUAAUGAUAGGAAUUUUUUUUUAUUAUUUUACGGAAAUCGAAUCAACUUAAACGCUUGAAAAAUAAAAUAUUUCCACUUUUAUUUAAGUGAAGGUUUAAGUGUUAUCAUUAUAAUUUACUAAUACAUUUAAAAUAAAAAUUGAGUAACUACUUUAAGCUAAGUUUAAAGCUAUUUAAAAAAAUUAUAUCCAAAGUAUCAUCUAAGAAUUAUUUUUAUGAAAUCAUUAAACCUAAACAAAGUAAACACAUAUAAAUGAAGUCAUUGCGCGAAUUGCCGAUUUUAGGCAAAGCUCCAAGUUUCUUUUCUUUAAUAACCACGGGUGAUAAAACUGAUAGUGUAUCCCUCUUUAUAGGUAAAAUUAAUAAUUAGGCCUAUAAUUGAUUGCUUUUUAAAAUUUUUAAUAAAAGACAGCUGAUUUUAGCUUUGUAUUUUUAACAUUUAAUACGUUGUUUUUUUUAUGCCAAAUAUAUACUUUCAGUAAAUUAUAAAGAAAUAAAAACUUAAGAUUUAAAUUUACUAUUAAUUAAAAUAGGUUUAAGUUUAAAAUAAGUAUUAAGUCUGUAUAAGCCAGACAGUGCAGAUAAACUUCAUAGCCAAAUAGCCAUCACUAACGCACUUAUCAUUCAUCCAAAUAAUAACAAGCCAUAUGAAGUUGCCCUUGGUUCAUUUUUAUAUUUAUAUCUAAGAGACCGCAAAGUGCGUGCAAUUCUUAUCCCUACAAUAUCGGGUCAUAUAAUCGAAUACUUCAAUAAUAAACUGCAGAUGUUUGGAUUUCCCAGAUAACUGUGAUCACCAAUUAAAAAUAUUAAUUACAUAGAGGACCAUUCGCUCAAAUUCGGAUAAAAUAAUUAAAAUAGUUCGUUAAAUGUUAUAUCAAAUUUAUUUCUAAUUUCUAAUAAUAAUAUUUAUAUAAAACAUAUAAUUAAAUUUAAAACAGAUAUAGUUUAAUUGUAUAUUAUUUAAAUUGAUUCGAUUGUAAUUAAAUAUAGAAAUUCCCUUUCAUUCUUGUAAAAAAUUAGAACGUAAUUAAAUUGAUUCGUCUUUUUAAGAGAUGUCAGGUUAUUCUAAUAUACUUGAAUAUAUGACCCGAUGUUACCGAGAUAUAGUGGUAGGCAUUAGUCGUUACUCUCUACAUGCUUUUGCGAAGUCUCAUCAGAAUGUCUUAUUCUAAUAUAUAUGUUUACAUUUUGUUUUGAGAAAUAUUUAUCUGCUGUCUUACGUCUGUUAUAUAGGUCUACCAGACACCUUUCCGUGCCCCUGAACUACAUUUAUUAUUUUCUAAAAAUUUAAAAAAACAUGAUCUUAAAUUUACUAUAAGCAUUUUUGACAAAUGGGUAAGGCUUCGUGGACGGCCGUGACUGUUUGCAAAAUGAACUUGAGGGAAGCCAAAAUAGAAAUCAACGAAUUGGAGAUCAUUGCUGAGCACCGUUUCAGAUGGCGAACAGCGGUGAAUGAACGAGUCAAACAGGCAGAGGAUGUGCGAAACAAAUCCUUGCAACGAAGAGAGCGUCAUGGGAGGUUAAAUUUAUACAGAAAUAAAGUUCUCCAUCAAAAAGUGCAGACGAGACUGCCUCUCAAAAAUCGGUCUCGUAAGCCAUUUGAUCAGGUGUCAAUCGCUGCUACAUCGUCUCAAGAGGACAGAAGGAUGCCAAUAUAUAUAUAUAUAUAUAUAUAUAUAUAUAUAUAUAUAUAUAUAUAUAUAUAUAUAUAUAUAUAUAUAUAUCUCUUUUAAAAACCCUCUCUAUAUAUAUUGUACCAAAUAUAAAUAUUUUUUUUUAUAUAUAUAUAUAUAUAUAUAUAUAUAUACAUAUAUAUUCCUAACUUGGAGAACCCCUGACAAUUUAGAAUGGCAACAACAUGAAACUAUUUUUUAUCAUUUGAACUACAGCUUUGUUUUUCCCCAGGGCAAUCCAUCUCCUUUUGUGUACACAUCAACACACAAAUUCUACCGAGAUGUUAUAGAGUGAGGCUCACAGUUGUUGAUGGCUGGCGAGUGUGAAGUACGGACAACAGCUGGGUGAAACUAUGCCUGGGUGUACGGAUGGGGUAAGAGGAGGGGAGGGGGGAAUGUGUUUACUCUAUAUAAGCAUUCGAACAAUGAUUGGUAUUUUUACACCUAGAAAUCAGAUCGCUGUUUUGGUCAUCUCUGUAACUGUGAAUUGGUUAAUGCGUGGACAGUGGUGAGUUGACUUUAGGAUUUUUUUUUUAACGUUUUUAUUAGUUAACGCUUGAGCAAUCGUGAGUCACACCAAUGUAGGUCAACAUCAACGUCUAUGUGGUCUGUCAUUAGCUUUUUGUUUUUUGUAAAGCAAAAUAAAAUACACACACAAUGCUGGGUGUCAAUAAUUUAUUAUUUAUUGUUGCCUGUAACAGAAUGUUAACAUAGACCAUCACAAAAAAUCUGGUAUCUCAUAUCACAAGAAUCGGGUAUCUCAUAUCACAAAAAUCACGUAUCUAAAAUGUUCAAAUUGUUUCUGGGACGCUUUCACCCAACCAAUGUCACUGAUACUAUUGCCUGUUAAGUUUAAAUAUAUGCUUUUUAUAUAACAAACCCAACAUUAUUAUGAUUCCAAAACCUUGAUAACACAGACCAUCACAAAAAUCUAGUAUCUCAUAUGUUCAAAUUGUCUCUAUGCAGCUUUUACUAGAUCAUUCAAAAAUUGGCACCAAUUUUCUCAUAUCAUUUCUAGCUUUUUAGAUACUGAGACAAUGCCAUUGUUAAACAUAAUGCUAACAACCAAAUACAGAUACUGUAGGCUGUUAAUCGUUCUUCUUCAUAUAGCGAACCCCCCCCCCAUUUCCCCCCCCCACACAGUUUAUGAUUUAAACUUUAAAGCUAUGCGAUUCAAAAGACGCCCCCACUGCAUGUGCGCCCGCAGGUAGUGGCAAGGUGGGGCACUUGCCCCCCCCCCCUGGAUUGAUUGGAUAACAUUUUUUUAGACAAAAAUUUUAUUAAAGUAAAGAGAACAUAAAGAGAAAGUAACUAAGCUGAUGUCCUGUCCGCUCGUUCACCAUACAAAUACGCUACAGUAAAUUAAAACUAUAUUAAAACAUUAUUAAAAAAUUUUUGCCCCCCCCCCCUGGUAAGUUAAUCGAUUUUUUGCCCCCCCCCCUUGGAAAGUUUUCUGCGGGCGCCCAUGCCCCACUGUAAGACUUUUAAAUGUUUGAUCUGACAGGAAAAUGUUGUUUCCGAUUCGAACAAUAGCCUGGCAUCAUGCGCCCAAAUUAUAUUUUGCUGGGUCAAGGUUGCUAAAACACUUCGAAUUAAAGCAUCUACAUGCUUUCUUCAAAUCUGUCACUGUUUCUUCGGGAGGUAACAAUUAUAAACCGCAUUUUGUAUGAUUCACCUCGUGUUACUUAAGCAUCAUUGAUCACAUUUUGUUCUCAGACCAACGAAGUUAGUGAACUGCUUUGAAUUGAAAAUGAAAAGACUAUAUUCUUUUGACUAUAUUCUUUUGACUAUAUUCUUUUGACUAUAUUCUUUUGACUAUAUUCUUUUGACUAUAUUCUUUUGACUAUAUUCUUUUGACUAUAUUCUUCAAGUCAAACACUCCUCAGAAUUUCACUGUUGUUAUUGAAUGGUUUUAAGAACUUUUCUUCAGUAAAGAAUGGCAGAAAGUCUUACUUCUCUUAAAACUAAGGUUUGCUCCUAUAUGACGAUGAUUCCAUGUCACUUACAAGAAGUUUAUUGUUUCUGGAAAUAGUCUAUAAAUAUUACACCUGUUGGGCAUAAGACUUAGUUAUCGAACAAUUGUUAGUAAUAAUUUGAAGUUUCUUCAUUUUUUUCCCCCAGAUUUUAAAAAUGAGAUUGUUUGUUACAAUUGUUACCUUGGUAUUCUGCUGCAUGGAUGUUGGUUUUGGAGAAUCGGAAAUUACUGAGUCAGUCUGUCGGAUCAAUUGUGAUGUAAGCAGUAUGUUAUCUGUCAUGUCAAUGGUGAUUUAAGCAGUAUGUUAUCUGUCAUGUCAAUGGUGAGGUGAGUGGUAUAUUAUCUGUCAUAUCCAAGGUGAUGUAAGCAGCAUUGUAUCUGUCAAAUCCGUGGAGAUGUGAGUAGUAUAUCAUCCGUCCUGUCAAUGGUGAGGUAAGCGCUUUAUUAUCUGUAAUGUCUAUGUUGAGGUUAGUAGUAUCCAUAUCCAAGGUGAUGUAAGCAGUAUCGGGUUAGAUUUUACUCUAAUUAAGUAUCUACAUUUUAUCAUAUACUAUGUCAUCACACUACUAAAUGUCAUUUCCAUAAGUCUAGUAAAUGACAUCGAGAAACCUGCAUACAUUGUUUAUUUAAUCAAGAAAGAGAUUUAACAGUAUUUAAAAGCUUUAAUUAACAAUUGAAUUGUUUGACAAAAGUCUAGUCUGAAACAACAAAUAUCUGUAUACUAUUCUUAAACUUCUUUCAUAACAAAAUUUCAUACAUUAAUAUGUUAUGUUAUGCAGUACUUUACUCUUUCAUAUAGUUAUUAGUAAAUUAUAUCGUUAUAAUUUACAUCAAAUAGUAAAAUCAAAUAAUUUUUUUUUUAAAUUUUAAACGCAUAAUUUUCUAUUCAUUUUAACUAAAUUUUCAUUUUUGUAUCUACACAUGUCACGCGACCUGACAUCAGAUCUAUGCUCUUGGUGCGUCUAUCGGGAAAGUUCUUGAUGGCUGCAACAACUGUUGGUGUGGAAACAGUGGCUUUGGCUGUACAAGGAUGGCUUGUCCGUGGUACCAGCCCCUGGAGUGUGAGAUCCAGGGAAAUGUAAGGAAAUAGUUUCACAAUAGCUCUAUAUAUAUUUAAUAAUUUAUAAUGAUCUUGGAAUUUUUACAUCAUAAACCCCUUUUGAUAUUUCUCGUGGAACGGAAAAAAUGUAAUAAGACGCUAUGAAAUUAAAAUUACGAUUUGAUAAUAUUUCGAAUAACCUACAAUCUUAAAGUUCAAAAUAGUUAAGUAAAAAAUAUAAAGGUGAAUGAAUGCAUAGGUUAGAUAAAGUAAACGUUAAAUAAAAUAUAUUUUUUUUUUCUAAUUAUAUUUCACAGCACUACAACCAUAAUGACAUCGUCCCAUCUGAUGAUUGCCAGGAAUGUCGAUGCAUGAAUGGCAACCUGGCUUGUACCGGCUGCCCAGCUUAAAAUCUGGCUAAAAAAUUACAUUUUAGAUUUUAAAAAUGGAGAUUCUCAAUCACCUUUCUUUUUGAAUAACAUGAGCAGUAAAAAAAAAAAUGGAAUUUCUUAUAAAUUGUAAAAUUGAAGUUGUUGUUUUUUUUAAAUUGCAAUUUUUCAUGACA